UGUUAUCCUCACAUUCAUAUUUGUUGGAAGUGUUUAAUGCAUCUUGCCAUUUGCAUUUUGCGGGAUGCACUAUAUAGAUGUGCAGUUGGUUGGGCCUUGUUCAGUUCAAUUCUCAUUAUGGGGUACAUGCAAACAGGACCCAAAUUUAGUCCCUUACUUAGAAUACUUGCAUUGAUUUCAUAUUCCAGCUUUGAUGAGCUGCUGGAGUUGAGUCAACGGGGAGAUAAUAAAACAAUAAACAUGCUUGUUGGAGACAUCUAUGGUGGUAUGGACUAUUCCAAGAUUGGGCUCUCAGCAUCAACCAUUGCUUCCAGCUUUGGAAAGGCAAUUUCUGAAAAUAAGGAGCUUUCAGACUACAGACCUGAAGAUAUUUCCCCUUCCCUCUUGCGAAUGAUUUCAUACAACAUUGGGCAGGUGAGUUGCUCAAAGAUGUCCCUAAGUAGUCAUCAUCACAAUCACCGUCACCACCAUCACCAUCACUACCACUACCAUCACCACGAUUAACAAUAAUUAUCAUUGUCAUAGCUAUUUAGGUUGGCUUUGUGAAUCAUGUUUCACCCAUCAUUCCAAUCCAAGCCAUGGAUUGCUAACUUGUCUGAAUCGACUUGGACUUGGUCAAGUCUAAUCUGGUUCACUAUAAUGACCCCCCUCCAAAAAAAAAAAAAAAAACAGCCUGGUUGAGUCGUGACUCGACUCAGAACCAAAUGAGUUGGUGUGAGUUGCUGAGUCAGAAGACCAGAAUUUGAGCCCUGGUAAGUGAAUGGCCUGUCUUACCACCCCGAG